GGGUGGUUCCUCUUUAAUCAUUACCUUGUGCUCUUUACACCAUAUCAUCACUUAGAGAUUUGGUAAUCAGUCUUGAAUAUACAUAGCUGCAGGUCUACUGUAAGAACUGUCAGAAUGGCAUUUAAUCAACAACAGCCGUUUUACAACCCGAAAAUCCCAUUCACUGGUUCAAUCCAGGGAGGCUUGCAGAAUGGGAAGAGUAUUAUCUUAAGUGGACGGGUUUUGCCACGUGCUGACAGAUUUCAUGUGAACCUCCAGUGUGGUUCUCAUUCUGCGUCAGAUAUUGCCCUGCAUUUUAAUCCACGAUAUGAGGGAGGCUCUGUGUAUGUGGUGCACAACACCUGUCAGAAAGGUCGCUGGGGUUCAGAGGAACGCAAGUACGAAUCUCCAUUCGCCUUAGGUCAUCCGUUCACCCUCCAGAUCCUUGUCACCCAGGACACAUACAAGAUAAGUACUAAUGGGAGACACUUCAUGGACUUCAGACAUCGUAUUUCAUACACUCAAGUUGACACCAUCUCAGUGGGUGGAAUGGUGGAGUUGAAUUCUGUUGUCUUUCAGAAUCCUCCCUUCUUACCUCCACAGCCUGGUUUUCCUGCUUUUCCUCAACAGCCAGGUUUUCCUGCUUUACCUCCACAGCCAGGUUUUCCUGCUUUUCCUCCACAGCCAGGUUUUCCUGCUCAGCAUGCCAUACCUCCUGUAUGUGGGUUUCCUUCAUCUCCAGUCGGCUAUACGAUCCCAUACAAAACGAUAAUCAACGGUGGAUUAUAUCCUGGCAAAAACAUUCUCAUCCAAGGAAUCAUAAACCCUAAUGCCAAGAGAGUAACGUUUAACCUGUGUCACAGAACUGGGAUUGCAUUGCACUACAAUCCCCGAUUUGAUGAGAAUGUGGUUGUUCGAAACAGCCAUAAAAUGGAGAAGUGGGAUACAGAGGAACGGUUUGGAGGCAUGCCAUUUCAAAGAGGACAACCUUUUCAGGUCACCAUCACUUGCAAUCCUCAUCAUUACAAUGUGUUUGUCAAUGGCCAACAAGCACACACUUUCAAUCACCGUUACACAAAUCUGCAUGAGAUUGAUAUUUUGGAGGUUUGUGGGGAUGCACAGUUGACUUUAGUGCAGGUUUAACACAGAUUUCCUUUUUCAUAAAUCACCAUAAACCAUGUUUUAGCUAAAGAAAGGACAAGAUGUUUUACUGUGAAAUGCAAUGCCACAAUACUGCCAAUGUCUAUGAAACACCACCAAGUUACAGUAUUAUAUAGUGGUCUGUUUAUAUUAUAAAAGUCAACUCUUCUUUGUUUUUCUCAUAGCUCAAAGUAAACUGGAUUUUGUCAGUAGUGAUACAGUUAAGGUGUAUUCAUCCAGGGCACUCUUAUGCUAUAAUGAAAUAUACAAAAUUGUGUCUGUAAAAAGUAAGCGUGUGCACCUAAACAAUAUUCUCAAUUUUUUUUCUCCUAACAACAGUCUCAGGGUGGCAGUAAAAAUUAAUUUAGUAUUUACAUCAGAGGAUCACUGAUGGAUUUUUUAAUGCAGUGAACCUAAAAAGUUGCAAGGCUUUUAUACCAAUAAAAUUAAUUUAGACAAAACUGCUGUUAGCUUUCUUUGUAUGUUAUGAUUUAAGUGUUCUUAUGCAAAAGGACACAUUUCCAUGCACUUGUACUUUAUUUUAUUUACAAUAUGAUACUGAUUUUCGAGGCCAAGUUUGCAGAUAUUGAUUCUGAUACCGAGAUAUAUGAACACGUAAAUACACUUAUAUGAACACGUAACAUGUUGCUUGAUUUGUUGCAACCCUUAUAUGUUUUUUUCCCUCAUACUGCCUUCAUUUUAAGUUUUGUGAUGCAUACUUAAAAAAUAAAAAUAUGGUAAAAAAGGAAUGUAAGGUCUGAACCGCAGCAUGAGAUAAAAAGCAUGAAGAGUUUAUGAGGUGGACUUGAGCUUAUAAAGGAGAAUCAUGACCCUUUAAGAUGGCUGUCAUAGGGCCCAGAAAAAUUAAUAAUAAAAAAAUCUUCUUGUAUGCACAUAUUCACUGCUAUUUGGUUUCACUGCACCUCAGCAAUUUCAUCUUUUUGGAAAUUCUCAGUAACUAAAGAUCAUUUUCUAGUUUGUGGUUUCAGCAGAUUGGGUGGAGAUUGGCAGCUUGUCCAACAUAGAGGAACCAAAAGAGUUUACCAAAAGUUACUUUGUGACAGAGGAGUGAGGUUUUAUUAGUGCAAAAACAAGGAAAUGAAUGUUGGUUUGACAAUCUUUAUAAUGCAUUAUUUCCAGAAAAGGCACAUAAUACAAAUAAUACUCUGUAGACCUUAUACCUUCCCUAAACGAUGUGGUUUAUUCUGCAAUUUCAAUCGGUUAGAAGUGCAUUUAUUAUACAUCUACAUUCCACAUGAUGAGUAAAUAAGUCAAAUGUGCGGGGUUUUGGUGGCUGUUACUUAUGUUUUCAUAAAAUAGGAGUUUUUUUGUUUUGUUUUGAGUCUUUACAUUUUCCUAGUAUAUCACUGACUAAUAUUUCUUUAAAAUGUUGCUUUCUGUGGAAUUAUGUGGACAGAUUUGAUGCCUAUAAAAGGAGUUUGGUCUAGGGGUGGGACUUCAAUAAUUUCUAUUUAAACAACUGGACAUUGUGCAUUAGUUUCAACUGUGCAUUGAUCGGUUUUGUAUUCCCAGCUAAAGACUAACUGGCAGAAUGAUUCUCAGGCUCUUGUGAAAGCCAGAUAUUUCAACCAGUCCCUUACAGAAGCGUUAUCAAGGGUGGACUGAAACCUGGAAAAAGCUUUACCGUACGAGGAGAGGUCAACCCCAACCCUCACAGGAUUGCAUUCAACCUGCGCCACAUAUUCGGGAUUGCAUUUCAC